AUGAGUAGCAAUCCUCGAAGUAAAUCUUAUGUCGUUGGCAUUGGAAUGACGAAAUUUCUUAAACCUCGGGACCAAGUUGACUAUCCUGCGGUAAAAGCACUCUUGGAUGCAAAUGCCACCUAUGACCAAGUUCAGCAAGUUUUUGUCGGGUACUGUUAUGGCGACAGUACUUGUGGGCAAAGAGCUGUAUAUCAAUUAGGAAUGACUCAAAUUCCAAUUAUUAAUGUGAAUAAUAAUUGUUCUACAGGUUCGGCUGCAUUAUUUUUGGCACGUCAAUCAGUUGAGUCAGGAGAAGUUGACUGCGCAAUGGCAUUAGGCUUUGAAAAAAUGUCUCCCGGUUCCCUUACAUCAAUAUGGAACGAUCGCAUUAACCCUCUUGAUCACACUGUUAGUUUGAUGUCUGAAAUUCGUGGACUAACCAGUUCACCGGUUGCCGCCCAAAUUUUUGGUAAUGCUGGUAUUGAAUAUUGCGAAAAAUUUGGUGCCACUCCUGAGCACAUGGCAAAAAUUGGAGAAAAAAACCAUCGGCACAGCUCCAAAAAUCCAUAUUCACAAUUUAGAGAUAUUUACUCUCUCAACGAUAUUAAAUCCUCGCCAAUCGACAAUGCUGUUGAAAUAGUGGCACAAUCAAUGGCGACCGAUUCACCAUUAUUAUUGGAGGCAAAAAGUUCGAUAGAAUUGGCAGGAGCUGACAUGACACGUCGUGCAGCGAAGGAUGCGUUUAAGAAAGCUGGAAUUACUCCAGAUGACAUCCAAGUUGUCGAACUUCAUGAUUGUUUUUCCGCCAAUGAGUUAAUCACAUAUGAUGCUCUCGGUCUUUGUAAACCAGGCGAAGCUCAUAAACUAAUUGAUAAUGGGGAUGUGACAUAUGGCGGAAAAUAUGUCGUCAAUCCAUCGGGCGGUCUUAUAUCUAAGGGUCAUCCAAUUGGUGCUACUGGACUAGCUCAAUGCACUGAGCUGGUUUGGCAAUUGAGAGGAUGGUGUACAAAUCGUCAAGUUCCAAAUUUAAGAUACGCACUUCAACACAACAUUGGUCUCGGCGGAGCUGUAGUUGUUACAAUUUACGCAAAACCACAUCCUUCAACAUUCGGGGAAAUUAUAAAACAAAAUAUGUAUGACUCCCGGAAAAUAUUGGGAUAUAAUCCUGCCGUAGAGGCAAGACAUAUUACUGAAAAGGAUUUUAAGAAA